CUCCCCGCCAACGUACACCACCUACACCGUGAUCGAGCCAGCAUUCGCCUUCGCAGUCGCACGAGCCACCGAUGGCGAGCGUGUUCUGGGGAGGCGGCCAUCCCGCUGACGAGGUGGCCAACUUCGACGAGUACGACCCCACCCCCUACGGCGGAGGCUACGACCUCGCCCUCACCUUCGGCCGAGCCCUCCCGCCCUCCGACGAGAUCUGCCACCCCAUCUCCACGGCCUCCUCUUCCUCCUCAUGUGACCGCCCCCAGUAUGGCCGGAGGCCGCCGGCCGAGGAGACAUACGGCUCGGCUGGGCAAGGCAGGAAGCCCGACGACGACAAACACGACGGCUACGGUGGUGGGUACGGGAGGAAGGGACGCAUUGACGACGACGACGACGGCGAGGCGACGCACGGCGGUUACAGGAAGCCCAAGCCGGCGUACGGGGACGACCAGCCCAAGUACCAUGGCGGCGGCGGCGGCGGCCGCAAGAAAUAUGGUAAUGACGACGAUGGCUCGGGCGACGAGCGGAAGCCGCGGUACAAGAAGCACGACGACGACGACGAUGACGACGAGAGGAAGCCGCGCUACAAGAAGCAUGACGACGACGAUGACUCCGACGACGAGAGGAAGUCGCGUUACGAGAAGAACAACCGCCGCCGCCACGAUUACGAUGAUUGAUCCGAUGAACGGAUCAAGCAGCCUGUGAGGCUGCUGUUGCUGGUUCAUGCCAUGCUAAAUAAGCAAGUUAUUACUCUAUUAAUAUUUUUUAUUUAACACCAUUAACUACGUUUGAUCAUUAUCUUAUUCAUAGAUUUAUCUAAUUAUAAUUUUUUCUAUGAUAUAAUUUAUUACUAAAGUUAUUUUAAGCUUGACUUAUAACUUUUGAUAUUUACAAAAAAUUUUGAAUAGAAUGAACGGUCAACUGCACAUCGAAAAUCAAUAAUGUCAAAUAAAAAGUGGGAGAGUAUAUAUUUUUGGUGAAAGAAAGAGGUUUAUUAUGUUAUUUGCUCUUAUCUGAAUGCAUGCUUGCAAUCCUUUUGGAAUAAAAUGCGUUUGACUUGUUUGUAUGCCUUU